AUGAAUCGGAGAAGCCUGCUCGCCCUGACAUACAACGACAACUCUGUUCUCGAGCAGUUCCAUUCCUCUGUCGCAUUUUUCCUCCUCCACCAUCACCACCUCCUCCUUCCCAGACCGCUCCACGCCUCGAAGCCGGCGGGAGCGAGGAAGAGAAGCUCGACCAAGCGCGAAGAGGCGGCGCCGAGUCGGCGGGGAGACGCAACCGCCCAGACAGGCACGGGCGAGACUGCAGACGGGCAAGGGCUCGAGGGUGGCGGCGAAGGCGAAGUUCUCCAAGAACGCGAUGAACCGGAAGGAGAAGCGUCGCUGUGUGACCGCAUUGAAAGAGAGGACUCUUAUAGAGCCUUUCGCAAGGAAGUGAUCGAACUCAUUGUCCACACGGACAUGACUAAACAUUUCUCCCUCCUGGCUCUCUUCAAGGUCAAGCGACAGACUGGCGGGCUCGACAUCGUCAACAACGAAGAGGACCGCUCGAUGCUACUAAAGAUGCUGCUGAAGGCGGCAGACAUUGGCCACGCAACCAAGACGUUCGAUCUGCACUUCUUCCUCUCGUGUUGUCUUAUUGAAGAGUUCCACAGGGCGCGCUUCGUGGAUCCACUGUCUCUUGGCUCCACAGAAGUUUGCCAGAGGCGACGAAGGCGUGCGCAGGGGAUCCCGCCGGGAUCGAAGGCCUUUCUGCCGGCGAGAGCCGAAGGCGCGCUACCCUUGGAGUCCAUCACCCUGCUGCUUCCCUCCAGCCUAGCAGUCCGGAAUCCCGACGAGGCGCAAAAGGCGGCAACGCAUGCAUGCGGAGCUUAUCGUCGUUUUUUAGGGGCCCGAAGACGAGAAAGGAGGACUCUGAUGACGAAGCUCGGGCGCGACAAAGAAGCCAGACUUUGCCUUCGUCUCUUUCCUGUGCGCCUGUGUCACGCGGUGGAGCCGUCCAUCCGCUUGACCCACGCCCACGCAGAGUUUGGCUGGACGGCGAAAAGGGACGUGGAGACCAAGGACAAGAGCCAGGAGGCCAGCGGCCCAGACUCAGCAGGGGAGGCAGUCUGCCUCCAAACUACAAGUCCCGGGUGGGCGAUCAAGCAGGAACCCAAGACCCAGUUGAAGCCGCAGGCACCGCCGUCGCGCACAGUGCCGAGCAGAGAAGGAGAGAAAAGGGAGAAGGCAGAGCAGGGGAUAGAAGGGAGACGGAGACAAGCGAGGAGCGUAGAAGUUCGACGGAACAGCAACUCGGUGCGGACGAACCAACGACCGGAGAGCCAAGGGAGUCCAGAAAACGGGAAGAGAAAGAGGAACCAGACGAAGCGCGGCUGUGUCACUGGGACCUCUGCGAAGUCUGUGGAGACAACUGUCGAUCACCUGGAACAGAAACGUCUCCUCAUCUCUCUUCCUCUUCCCCUUUCCGUUGUUCUUCCCUGCUUCAAGUCUGUGUGGCGCAGAUUCAGAAAAACAAAAAUGCUUGGGAGGUAA